AUGUCAAAAGCAUUUGACUGCAUCCGCAGAGACCGUUUACUGGCAGUUCUCAAUUCCUUCCUGGACGAGGACGAGAUCCGUCUCAUCCGUGUCCUACUAGCCAACACGUCCUUCUGUGUACGCAUCGGCACAGCAACAUCCGAAUCCGCCGACACCACUAUCGGGACGCCCCAGGGCGAUUCCCUGUCCCCUGUUCUAUUUGUGGUAUAUCUCGAGGCAGCUUUGCGGGAUGUAAGGAGCACUGCUACUGCCAGGGCUCGGCCAUCAUCGGAUCUCGGCUUGCCGUUUGAAAUUGCGUACGCCGACGACGCGGAUUUCAUCAGCACAGAGUCUGGCUGUUUGGGUGACCUGGAGCCGGUUAUCGGUGACGUCCUCGACGGAUGGGCUCUGAAGGUAAACCCGGAUAAAACAGAAAUUACCGUUCUGGGCCGAUCCCUGGACAGGGUGGCGGAACAGUGGCGCACCACCAAGAAGCUCGGCUCACUCCUCGGGGAUAGCGAGGAUGUCUCUCGGAGGAAACAACUAGCCGCUGCAGCGUUUCGAUCGCUCUGGUCACUAUGGAGCCGGCGCAGUACCGUUGGAGAAGAACUGAGGCUUCGUCUCUACAAUGCGUUUGUACUACCAGUGCUAGUAUACAACGCCGGCACAUGGGGACUCACGGCAGCUGCCGAGGGUGGACUCGACGCAUUCCACCGCGGCCAGCUCCGUUCACUGAUCGGCUUUGUCUGGCCGCAGAAGAUCGCAACAACAGCACUCUACGACAGGUGCAAGGCAGAGCCGAUCAGCCGCAUCAUUACCAGAGCUCGGUGGAGGCUAUUUGGCCAUAUCCUUCGACUUCCCAGUGAUGCCCCCGCCGUCCUAAGCAUGGUCAGCUACUUUCAAUGUGAUGACCACAAGUGGAGAGGCCGCCCUCGCAUCACCCUGCCGGUGAAGCUCGACGACGACCUCCACCGAGCUGCGUGCGGGCAAUUGCAGAGCCUGGAAGAUCUGGAGCGCCUAUCAGACGUAGCUGCAGUUCGAAGCGAAUGGAGGCAGCUACUGGAUAUGAUCUGCAAGUAG